CCAUAAGAGACUCAAACCCCUUUUGGCUUUCGGAGCUGUCCUCUGUUCUGGAAGUCGAAACCCUAGGUUUUGUUUGCCUUCGGUGCAGGGUUUCGUUCCUGUCCUUGACCUCGAACAAAUCUCUCUGUAUUUUGAGAUCGGAUUGCAUUAUUGAUUGUUGAACCCUAGAUUUUGGGAUUAGCAGUGAAUGUUUGUGUAGGGAGAGAUUCUUUUUGGACAAUCUUGAGUUUUAGCAGACGAUCUCUGGUUGGUUCUGUGUUUCUGAUUCUUCAAGGAUGUCUAGGUGCUUUCCUUAUCCUCCUCCGGGAUAUGAGAGGAAGAAUGGUGCCCUGGAUGAGGCCCUGAUCAAUUCGAUUAAGCUCCAGAAAGAAAGAGAGAAGGCCAAAAAGGAAAACAGGAAAGAGAAGAAGAGGGAGAAGAAAGAGAAGGAGAGAGGGAGGGAGAAAGCCAGGGAGAACGGAGGUGUUGAAGAUAAAAAACAAAUACAUGAGAAGAAGCACAAGAGGGAAAAUGGCAAGGUAGAACAUGGGGUAGGAGAUCAUCGGCAAAGAAAAGAAGAGGAAGCUGAACAAUUGGAGAAGAGCAGCCUCACUGAAGAACAGGGGCAGCCUAUCAGUUCCCAGAACUUGUACGACUCUAUUGACAGCACUCAGAACAGCCACAAGAGGAAAAAGCACAGCUCGCCAUCUGAUAGCAGCCAUAAUAAUCAUGGGAGCAUAUUUCGUAUCCGGUUAAAGCAGAGGGAUCAAGAAAUAUUCCCCAGCAAAGAGCUGGGCCAACCAAAUUCUGGCAGGACUGAUCACAUUUUGCAAGGAAAGAACGAAAUUCAUCCAAGACUCGGUGAAGAUAAGCAUUGUUCAACCUCUGGAAGACAGCAGCCAUGUUCUUCCUCUGGGAGGACUUCUCUUGCUAUGCAAGAGUGUUUGAAACAGAAGGAUCAAGAAAUACUCCGCACCAAGAAGUUAUCCCAUUCAAAUUUGGGGAAGACUGGUCCCAAUUCGCUAGGAAAGUAUGAAAUUUGUCCAAAAGUCACAGUGCAGCAUUGCCCUACUUCAGUAAGGACUAGUACUGUGCAAGAUAGUUUGAAACAGAAGGAUCAGGGGAUACUCAGCACUAAGAAGUUGCCCCAAUCAAAUUUGGAGAAGAUUCGUCCCAAUUCGCAAGUAAAGCAUGAAAUUUGUCCAAAAAUCACUGAGGUGCAGCGUUGCACUACCGCAGUAAGGACUAGUAUUGUGCAAGAUAGUUUGAAACAGAAGGACCAAGAGAGACUCAGCACUAAGAAGUUGCCCCAAUCAAAUUUGGAGAAGAUUCGCCCAAAUUUGCCAGUAAAGCAAGAAAUUUGUCCAAAAAUCACUGAAGUGCAGCAUUGCCCUACAUCAGUUGGGAGGUAUGAAAAUGAUCCAAGGCCCAGUGAAGAGCUCACUUGUUCUACUUCCGGAAGAACGGGUGUACAAUCUCUGGAGAUUGCUGAAAGUUCUCGUAAAACUAGCAGCAAACUGAAGAAGAUAGAAUCUCUAUAUAGAGAUUUGAUUGAAAACUGGGUUCCACCACCUAUUGAGAAUAUUGGUAAUGAUUUCGAUGAUCAAGAAUGGCUCUUUGAUACAGGGUCUAAAUCAGAGCCUGAGCCGAAAAGAUUUAAACCAAGCAAUGAAGGGGUGUGUCAAGGAAGCACUAGUAUCUGGCCACCACGAGCCUAUUACUUUUCUGAAGCUGAUAUAUAUGCAUUACCAUACACAGUUCCUUUCUGAAGCUAGUCCUCACCAAAAGCUGUACGCGCAGGCAUUUUGAAGCUUUACCCGGAAGUAACUUUGUUGUUGGGUAGUAGAAGAAGAGGAGGUUACUGCUGGAAUUUCUCUGCUUUCCGCUUCUCAUGCCCAGAUUUUGCUCGGGGAAGCUCAACUUUUUCUGGAUCAUACAUGUGAGAGAGCAAGUUUGAUGUGAAACAUUGUUUUUUUGCCAAUACAGUUGUUGAUUUAACCAAAAAACAGAAAAAAAAAAAAAAUUGUUUUUUGGUUUUUUCCAUUUGUUCGUGGGUUAAUUAGUUUUGAUUUUUUACAUGGACCUGCCAAUUGGACAUAUCUAAAUCAUUAGUUUUGGGUUCUGAUUCAGUUGUAAAUGGAGUGACACUGUUAUCCUUUAUAACAUUUUCUUUCCAUGGAGGAAAUGCCUGCUAGAUAUCUGCACUUGGUGAA